AUGUCCUACGGCGGCGGAUACGGUGGUGGUGGCCAGGGCGGCUACGGAGGAGGUCGUGGAGGCGGUUACGGCGGUGGUCGUGAUCGCGGCGACAGAGGUGAUCGCGGUGGUUACGGCGGCGGUGGCUACUCCAACGGAAACGGCUACGGUGGCGGCGGUGGUGGUUACGGCGGCGGCGGCGGUGACCGCAUGAACAACCUUGGCGCCGGUCUUCGCCAGCAAGAAUGGGAUUUUAACUCUCUCCCGAAAUUCGAGAAGUCCUUCUACAAGGAGCACGAGGAGGUUGCCACCCGCAGCCCGGCCGAGGUCGACUCUUUCCGCCGCAAGCACCAGAUGACCAUUGCUGGCAACGAUGUUCCCAAGCCCGUCGAGACCUUUGACGAGGCCGGUUUCCCCAGAUACGUGAUGGACGAGGUCAAGGCCCAGGGCUUCCCCGCGCCUACCGCCAUUCAGUCUCAGGGCUGGCCUAUGGCUCUGUCCGGUCGCGACGUCGUCGGUAUUGCCGAGACGGGUUCCGGAAAGACCCUCACCUACUGCUUGCCCGCUAUCGUCCACAUUAACGCCCAGCCCCUGCUGGCCCCCGGCGAUGGUCCUAUCGUCCUCAUUCUUGCUCCUACUCGUGAGCUUGCUGUCCAGAUUCAGCAGGAGAUUUCCAAGUUCGGAAAGUCUUCCCGCAUUCGCAACACCUGCGUCUACGGCGGUGUCCCCAAGGGACCUCAGAUCCGCGAUCUCUCCAGAGGAGUCGAGGUCUGCAUUGCCACCCCCGGACGUCUGAUUGACAUGCUUGAGGCUGGCAAGACCAACCUGCGUCGUGUUACUUACCUGGUUCUCGACGAGGCUGAUCGCAUGCUGGACAUGGGUUUCGAGCCCCAGAUUCGCAAGAUCAUCGGCCAGAUUCGCCCUGACCGUCAGACCCUCAUGUGGUCCGCUACUUGGCCCAAGGAGGUCCGCGCCCUUGCCUCCGACUUCCUUACCGACUUCAUUCAGGUCAACAUCGGCUCCAUGGAGCUCGCGGCCAACCACCGCAUUACCCAGAUCGUCGAGGUCGUUUCCGAGAGCGAGAAGCGCGACCGCAUGAUCAAGCACCUGGAGAAGGUCAUGGACAACAAGGAGAACAAGAUCCUCAUCUUCGUCGGCACCAAGCGUGUCGCUGACGACAUCACCCGCUUCCUUCGUCAGGACGGAUGGCCUGCUUUGUCUAUCCACGGUGACAAGCAGCAAAACGAGCGUGACUGGGUCCUUGACCAGUUCAAGACGGGCAAGAGCCCUAUCAUGGUGGCUACCGACGUCGCGUCGCGUGGUAUUGAUGUUCGCAACAUUACUCACGUGCUGAACUACGACUACCCCAACAACUCGGAGGACUACAUCCACCGUAUCGGUCGUACGGGUCGUGCCGGUGCCAAGGGUACCGCCAUUACCCUCUUCACCACUGACAACUCCAAGCAGGCUCGUGACCUUGUCAACGUGCUGAGAGAAGCGCGCCAAGAGAUCGACCCUCGUCUCGCAGAGAUGACCCGCUUCGGAGGUGGUGGUGGCGGUCGCUAUGGCGGCUGGGGCCGCGGACGUGGUGGCGGUGGUGGUAGAAACAACAACGCCAACAACGCCCCCCUUGGUGGCGCCCGACGCUGGUAA